AUGUCGCCAUACCUUGGGCGCAUGAUCCCGCGAGGGCGCCUACCGUACCACCGUGCUCCUUUACAAAUAUCCCGCCAACUCGUACGCCUGCCCAAGCCGUCUCUGCGAACCACAACCGCUGUUUUCUUCCGCCGCCCGGAGGUAGCCCGCAGCUUUUCCACGAGCAUUCCGCUUCACGCAAGCCCGUCUGCCGAACCAGUUAUUGAAGAGGCUGUCCUUCCCGUCUGUUGUCCCGGAUGCGGAGCGUAUGCGCAGACCGUCGAGCCGAGUGAGCCUGGAUAUUAUGGGAAGACUAGGAAACAGACGCGGAAGCUGUUGUCUGAGACGAAGCAGUUUGUUGAGGGUGAGGAGAAUGGAGAAGAGGGAAAGGGGUUGAAGGCUGAGGGGGAGAAGGCUGCGGAUAGGAUUCAGAAGUAUCUGGAGCUUACGGAUGUUGGGGGGAGUGUGCCGAGGCCGAAGUAUACUGCUGGCAAGUAUUUGGAGAAGUCGAAAGCCCCGGUACCAAUUUGCGAUAGGUGCCAUGAUCUGCUGCAUCAUAAUAAGGCCGUUCCUGCUAUUUCGCCGACUAUGGAUUCCCUUCGAGCAUAUCUGGAUGAGUCGCCUCAUAAUCAUAAUCGGAUUUAUCAUGUUGUGGAUGCGGCGGAUUUCCCUAUGUCUGUUGUGAAGGAUAUCUACACUACUUUGGGGAUUAUGGAUCCGCGGUCGAAGAAUCGGCGCUCGGCGACUUAUAAGUAUAAGAGUGGGAAGAAGCUGCCGACUAUCAGUUUCGUUAUCAACAGGUCGGAUCUGUUGGCGGCUACGAAGGAGCAGGUUGAUUCGAAGAUGGAGUAUGUACGCUCUGUGCUUCGUGAUACGUUUGGUCUCUCGCAUGAGGAAUUCCGCUUAGGGAAUGUGCAUAUGAUUAGUGCUCAGCGGGGAUGGUGGACGAAGAAAGUCAAAGAGGAGAUUAGGGAGCACGGGGGUGGUAUUUGGGUGGUUGGGAAGGCCAACGUUGGAAAGAGCAGUUUUAUUGAGGCCUGCUUCCCCAAGGAUUCGAGGAAUCUUGAGAAGAUUGCGGAAUUGAUUGAGCUUCGUGAAGAGGAGUCCAGAAUGGCUACCCACUUUGACUCCUCUGCUAUUGAUUCAGAGGGUCUUCUACCUCCUGCGCCUCGGGAGGAUCUUUACCCUAUCCUCCCUGUGGUCUCAUCGCUACCCGGCACGACCGUAUCGCCUAUUCGUAUCCCGUUUGGCCGUGGAAGGGGAGAAAUGAUUGACCUGCCGGGGCUCGACCGUGGCGAGCUGGCCGACCAUGUUCGUGAUGAGUUCAAGCGCGAUUUGAUCAUGACCAAGAGGAAGAAACCUGAACGUCUUUCGAUCAAACCUGGCCAAUCACUACUGCUUGGAGGAGGACUUGUCAGGAUCACGCCAGUGAACCCUGAAGACGUAGUUAUGGCGGCUUGCUUCGUCCCGCUUGAGACACAUCUCACCAGAACGGAAAAGGCCAUUGAAAUGCAAACGGAGCAGCGCCCUUACCCCAAGGCCAACAUUGCCAGAGAAGGUACCGGCCAGGUUAUCUCGUCUGCCGGAGUUUUCGACUUGAAAUGGGAUGUGACUCAAUCGCACCUCCCAAGGUCUAUCGCCAAGGCGGUUGAGGACAAGCAUAUAAAGAUGCCGUCUCUACCCUACAAGGUCAUGUCGACCGAUAUUUUGAUCGAAGGGUGCGGCUGGGUUGAGCUUACAGUCCAGAUUCGAGCCAAGUCCGCGAAGGAGUCCGACUCUGAGAACAAAACCUCGAAGUCGUUCCCUCAGGUGGAAGUGUUUACUCCGCACGGCCGCCAUGUUGGGUCUCGUGCUCCAAUUGAAUGUUGGAAGUUCAUAGAAGCGAAGAAGGUUGCUGACAACCGCGCGAAGGGACCUCGGGGACGGCAGAACAUUGGGCUGGAGAAGCGAGCCCGGCAUGGCUGA